AUGCAAACCCUUCUCAGCGAUUCGGAUAGCGAGGGACUGGAGGACAGCCAAUACAGCCUCAGACCGCAGACCCUUGAUGAAUUCAUCGGGCAAGGGCGAGUUAAAAAGCAGCUGCGUAUUCACAUUGAAGCCGCCAAAAGUAGGGGACAGGCAUUAGCACAUAUUCUCUUUGUAAGCCCGCCGGGCUUGGGUAAGACAACAUUGGCACGGAUUGUUGCCAACGAGAUGGGAAGCAGCUUUAAGUCGGCAGUCGGGCCGGCGAUGGAACGUCUGGACAUCGCGACACUAUUAACCAAUCUUGAAGAGAGGGCAAUCUUUUUUAUCGAUGAAAUCCAUCGUAUGAAAGGUUAUGUUCAGGAAUCGAUGUAUCCUGCGAUGGAGGAUUAUAAGAUAGAUUUGCCCAUCGGUCAGGGACCUGCGGCAGAUAUUAUUACCGUGCCGCUCGCCCAUUUCACCCUUGUGGGAGCAACAACUCGUGAAGGCUUGUUAGGCGGACCGUUUCGAGAUCGCUUCGGCAACCGCAUCCAUCUCGAUUAUUACUCACCUGAGGAGAUUCAGAUUGCUAUCAACCGACUCAGCGAGCGGCUGCAGCCAUCCGUUAAAAUUGAGGAAGAUGCAGAAUACGAGUUGGCUCGCCGUUCACGAGGCACCAUGCGUAUUGCGGAGAAUAUGUUGAGAAAGGUCAGGGAUUACGCAACCGUUGAAUCAGACGGAAUUAUCACAUAUGAAAUUGCUCAGGAAGCGUUGGAUUUUUUCGAGAUUGACGAACUUGGCUUAGAUGACAACGAUAGAACCUAUCUGCGAACGAUGAUUGAGAAGUUUCGUGGACGGGCAGGUCUGAAGGCGAUGGCGGUCGCUGUCAGUGAAGAUGAGCGCACCAUCGAAGAGGUCUACGAACCCUACUUAAUUAAGCUCGGCUUUUUGACCCUGACACCGAUGGGGCGAGUCGCAACAGAUGCAGCUUAUCAGCACCUCGGCUAUCCAACGCCUGAGUAUCAGUCAACACUUUUCUAA